AACAAACACAACUCAAAGAAAACAAACAGACUCUGGUUUUGUGAGUGAGAAAGAGAGAAAGAAAGAUUUAAUCUUGAGAAGAAGGUGUCUCAUACUCAUAGCUGCAAGAUGAUAUUGGUGGCGAUCGUGGCAGAGAUGUUAGAGGAGUACACACAAAUACUCACUAGAGUAUUGGUACCAGUGUUUCGUGAUGCUCCAUUUCCAAGGCGUGUUAGAUUUCUUAUUCUCAGACGUUUGCCUUACUCUUCUACUUCAUCAUCUAAUCUCCCAUUACUUCCUUUUCCAACUGCGCGGGUUUGAUCUUAAUUUUCUCUUUGUAAAUGUGAUGAGAUUAAUUAGUUUAUGUAAAUAUAAGUAAGUAAUUUCUCUACGAGUUUAAUUUGAUAGUGCCUAAAUUGAUUAGAUUUUAACAUGAAUAACUCGCUCUAAUUUUGUUGUAUUCAUCAAGUUGGAGAGUGAGUGUUACUUGAGGAAAACAGUAAAGUAGAAUUGUGAUUAAUCAAAUCUUCUCCUUGCAAAAUGUUACUUAAAGGACUAGGUUCAUCGUUAAGAAUCUUUAUGACCCUUUCAGCAUCCCCAACUUUGUAAGUUCCGGCG